GAACUUAGCUGCUCCUUUCUCAUGAUCGCCGUCGCCGCGAUAUGUCGGAGAAGAAAAACUCUCUCAUAAUCGGCAACAAGCUCUCUUAUCCCCACUUCUUCUUCCUCCUGUUCCUUUCAAUCGCUUCCUCUGUCACCGGAUAUUCUUCACCGCGGACGGAAAAGCAAGUUCUGGUCGACCUGAAGCACUUCCUCCUCGGCGAGAACCUCGUCAACCGCGGACACUACGCCGCCUGGAACGAGUCCGAAUCCUCCCCCUGCCUCUGGCCCGGCAUCGCCUGCACCGCCGAAGGUCGCGUCUUUUCCAUCAACCUCAGCCACUCCAGCAUCGCCGGCGGCAUCUUCCCCAACUUCUCACUCUUGCCUGCUCUCACCCACCUUGACCUCUCCGACAACGCUAUCGACGGUCGUGUUCCGCAGGAUCUGAGCCAAUGCCGCCAACUACUGUAUCUGAACCUGUCACAAAAUCUCAUCGCUGGGGAUAUCAAUCUGACGGCGCUCACCCUAAUCGAAACCCUUGACGUUUCGGUUAAUCGCUUGACUGGUCGGGUUUGGUCUAGCUUCCCGGCGAGUUGUGGGAAUUUGGUUGUUCUUAAUAUCUCUUCCAAUGACUUCACGGGGAAGAUUGCAGAAUACUUUGAUGGUUGCCGCCGGAAGUUGAAGUUUCUUGAUUUGAGCUUGAAUCAGUUCGAUGGGGAUAUAUGGAGGGGAUUUUGGUGGUUGAGUGAGUUAUCGGCGUCCGAUAAUAGGCUUACGGGAGCGAUUAGGCCCGAGAAUUUUCCGGCGAAGUGCAGCCUGGUAAGUCUCGACUUUUCCGGCAACGGCUUAAAUGGAAGCUUCCCGGAUUCUAUCGCUAACUGUUCGAAUCUGAAGGUUUUGAACCUUUGGGGGAAUUUCUUCACCGGAAGGAUCCCUUCUGGCAUAGGAUCGCUGACUGAGCUCAAUAGCCUCUUCCUUGGCAACAACAGCUUCGACCAGGAAUUGCCGGUGGAGCUCCUCAAUUGUUCGAAACUGACGUAUCUCGAUCUCAGCAGGAACAAUUUCCGCGGAGAAAUGCAGCGUAUUUUCGGGAAUUUCUCCUCGCUCAAAUUCCUCAUUCUGCAUUCGAAUUCGUACACAGACGGAAUCGAAGAAUCUGGAAUCCUCGAGCUUCCAAAUCUACGCCGGCUCGAUCUCAGCUUCAACAAUUUCUCACGGGAGCUUCCUAUCACCGCCGCCGAGAUGAUGGAGCUUGAAUUCUUGAUCCUUGCCAACAACGAUUUCCAUGGAAAAAUUCUGCCGGCGUAUGGUGGAAUCAAAACACUCCAAGUACUGGAUCUCUCCUUCAAUCGUCUCAGCGGCGAAAUUCCUCCCCAGAUUGGUAAUUUGACAUCGUUGCUCUGGCUCAUGCUCAGGAACAACGAGCUUACUGGCGGGAUUCCGCCGGAGAUCGGCAAUUGCCGUAGCCUCAUGUGGCUAAAUCUCGCCAACAACCGCCUCUCCGGCAGGAUCCCGCCGGAAAUAGCCGGAAUAGGACGCGACCCCUCGUCGACGUUCAAGAAAAAUCGGCUGUACGAUGACAUCAUCCUCGGUUCCAACGAAUGCCAGGCGAUGGUGCGGUGGCUGCCGGCGACGUACCCGCCCUUCAGCUUCGUCUACUCCGUCUUAAAUCGCCGAACGUGCAGCGCGCUCUGGGACCAGCUCCUCAAAGGUCACGGCAUCUUCUCUGUCUGUUUAAAUGUCUCAAAGCCGAUUAGGACCCUGGACAAGUCUGGAUACCUCCAGCUCUCCGGCAAUCUACUCUCCGGUGUGUUCCCGUCAGAGAUCGGCCGGAUGCAACUGCUCAGCAUCCUCAGCAUCGCAAACAACAAGAUCUCCGGCGAACUUCCUCCGGCCAUCGGGCUGCUUCCCCUCGUCAUGCUCAAUGCCUCCAGCAACAACUUUUCCGGUCCCAUACCGCCAGAGCUCGGCAGACUACGAUGCCUCCAGUUCUUGGACCUAUCUCUCAACAACUUUUCCGGUGAUUUUCCUUCCAGCCUGAAUGGCCUCUCCGAGCUCAACAAAUUUAACGUCUCCUACAACCCUCUCCUGCAUGGAAUAAUUCCGAUCACCGGCCAGAUCACUACCUUCGGCAACAGCUCCUUCAUUGGCGACCCACUCAUUUCAUUCUCCACAUCCGCGUCCCCUCCCCGCCCGACUCUGAUCGGCGGAUCCCCCGCCACGCCCCACCGUUCAACUGCAAAAAUGGUCUCUUUCUGGGCUUUCAUCUCCUUCACCGCACUCAUUUUCUUCCUCGGUCUCAUCUUCUUCAUCAUCUGCCUCAGAAGCCGGUCCGCCGUCGACCCAGUUUCAAUGAUUUCAGUUUCGGAAUCAGAUUCAUCUAUUCUCGAAGAAGAAAGCUUCAAGCAGUCGAGUUCCUCGACUGAACAACUAGCUACGCCGCCUCCGAAAUCCACUUCAAACCCUUCUAGCUCGCCAAUAAGUGUUUUCCAUCUCGAUAUAACCGCCUUCACGUACACCGACAUCGUGGCCGCCACCAGAAACUUCUUACCGGACAUGGUGAUCGGCCGCGGCGGCUCCGGCGUGGUCUACCGUGGCAUCUUACCGGACGGACGCCUUGCCGCGGUGAAGAAAUUGCAGAGAGGAGGAACAGAAGGAGAACGAGACUUCCGCGCAGAGAUGGAAGUUCUCGCCGGCGGGCACCCAAAUCUAGUGGCGCUGUACGGCUGGUGCCUCGCCGGUCCGGAAAAGCUCCUUGUCUACGAAUACGUGGAAGGAGGGAGCUUAGAAGAGGUAAUCGAAGAUAAGGAAUCGUUCGGCUGGAUAAACCGACUGGAAGCCGUUGUAGGGGUAGCUCGAGCGAUGGUAUAUCUACACCAUGAAUGUUCGCCGUCGGUGGUUCAUCGAGACGUCAAGGCGAGCAAUGUGAUGAGAGACGCCGACGGGAAUGCCAAAGUUACGGACUUUGGAUUGGCGAGAGUGGUGGUGAAUGGAGAGACGCAUGUGAGCACUGUGGUGGCGGGGACGGUGGGGUAUGUAGCGCCGGAGUAUGGGCAGACAUGGAGGGCGACUAGAAAGGGUGAUGUUUAUAGCUUUGGGGUAUUAGCAUUGGAGUUAGCGACGGGGAGGAGGGCGGUGGAAGAAGGAAGGGAAGAGUCUUUGGUGGAGUUGUCGAGGAGAGUGGGGAAAGAGGAGGUGGAGUUGAAGGGAUGGGGGGAGGAGGAAGGUGGACAGGCUAUGCGGGCGUUGUUGAGAGUAGGGAUUAGAUGCACGGAGGAGGCGCCUCAGGACCGGCCGGACAUGAGAGAGGUGCUUGAGUUGCUGUUGAGGAUUCGCAGUGGUGCUUAUUCAAUCCCGGAGGAAUUGUAACGGUAACUUCUUUCAGUUUGAAUUUUUUUUUUUGUGGGUGGGAUAUAUUGAUCAGAAUUUGGUUUAAUUUAAAUUUUUUAAAUUUAUUUAAAAUAAAUUUUUAUUGAAAUAAUCUGAUCUAAAUUUGUUUCUCGUUUCAUUUCAUGCAUAAGGUGUGAAUUAUAAAAUUUAGAUUUUAUUUGGGAUGACU